UACAGGGUCAUUUUGAAAAAUAAACCCUUGAAUCUUAUUCGACCGAACCGCUGCAACCCCAAAAGCACUCUUCCGUACCACACCCCCUCCUCCGCCGCCGCCAUGGCCUCCGCCGCCACCCGCUCUCUCUCCUCCCUCAUCUCCCAUCGCCGCAACCCCCCCUCCUCAUCCUCCUCCUCCUCUUAUCAUUAUUGUUAUGCUCCUACACCACGCCCGAUAACAAUAAGCGUAGGAUCGAAAACAACGCGCCGACCCAUCUCCAUCGUCGCCGCUUCCUCCUCCUCCUCCUCCUCCUCCUCCUCCUCCGGAGCGGCAGACGGCGAUGGGGAUGCGGGGGGGGAGCGGUACUCGCUGGACGAGAUCGUGUACCGCAGCCGGUCGGGCGGGCUGCUGGACGUGCGGCACGACAUGUGCGCGCUGGCGCGGUUCCCGGGGUCGUACUGGCGGGAGCUGUUCGACUCGCGCGUGGGGCGCACGACGUGGCCGUACGGGUCGGGCGUGUGGUCGAAGAAGGAGUGGGUGCUCCCCGGGAUCGACGACGAGCACAUCGUGUCGCUGUUCGAGGGCAACUCCAACCUCUUCUGGGCGGAGCGGCUCGGGCGCGACCACCUGGGCGGGAUGCCCGACCUCUGGGUGAAGCACUGCGGCAUCUCGCACACCGGCUCCUUCAAGGACCUCGGCAUGACGGUGCUCGUCAGCCAGGUCAACCGCCUCCGCCGCGCCCCGCUCUCCCGCCCCAUCGCCGGCGUCGGCUGCGCCUCCACCGGCGACACCUCCGCCGCCCUCUCCGCCUACUGCGCGGCCGCCGGCAUCCCCGCCAUCGUCUUCCUCCCCGCCGACCGCAUCUCGCUCGCGCAGCUCGUGCAGCCCAUCUCGAACGGCGCCACCGUGCUCUCGCUCGACACCGACUUCGACGGCUGCAUGCGCCUCAUCCGCGAGGUCACCGCCGAGCUGCCCAUCUACCUGGCGAACUCGCUCAACUCGCUGCGGCUCGAGGGGCAGAAGACGGCGGCCGUGGAGAUCCUGCAGCAGUUCGACUGGGAGGUGCCCGACUGGGUGGUCGUCCCCGGCGGCAACCUCGGCAACAUCUACGCCUUCUACAAGGGCUUCGAGAUGUGCCGCGCGCUCGGCCUCACCGCCGCCCCCACCUUCGCGUCCGCCAUCCAGAUCGGCGACCCCGUCUCCGUCGACCGCGCCGUCUUCGCCCUGCGCGCCACCGACGGCAUCGUCGAGGAGGCCACCGAGGAGGAGCUCAUGGACGCCAUGUCCCUCGCCGACCGCACCGGCAUGUUCGCCUGCCCCCACACCGGCGUCGCCCUCGCCGCCCUCUUCAAGCUCCGCGACCGCCGCGUCAUUGGCGUCAACGACCGCACCGUCGUCGUCAGCACCGCCCACGGCCUCAAGUUCACCCAGUCCAAGAUCGACUACCACGCCUCCUCCAUCCCCGACAUGGCCUGCCGCUUCGCCAACCCCCCCGUCAGCGUCAAGGCCUCCUUCGGCGCCGUCAUGGACGUCCUCCGCACAAAGCUCCACGGCAAGCUCUAAGUAUGUUAAGCUUCAUCCUCCUCCUCCUCCUCGGACUUUUUUCGAAAAUAACCCUGUGAAAUUUCGUAUUUGCCAAACUAACCCUGUGAAAUUUUUAUUUGUAAAACUAAUCCUCCUUUCGUCACAUGGGCACCACGUCAGGGAUUU